AUGACAAUUCAAAGUGGUAGUCGAGAUCCUACAUUUACGUGUAAACGAGGCUAUGACGAAAAAAUAAGGAUAUUCGAUUCCAGAAACACAUUCAAGCCUCUUUGUUCGACUGAUGUCGGCGGUGGUAUAUGGAGAACUAAAUGGCAUCCUACUCUUUCCUCUAAGCUUCUUCUGGGAUGUAUGCACGGAGGGUUUUGUGUGCUGGACUGUCCGUUUCUUGAGAAUUUUGGUUCCAAACAAGAAUCUAUGGAUAUCAUAACGCGAUUUGAUGAGCACAAAAGUAUUGCGUAUGGCUGUGACUGGGAACGAGGGGACCCGGAUCAACGUCUUGUGUACAGCUGCUCCUUCUACGACGCAACUCUCCACAUAUGGUCUUGGUAG